AACAAAGUUUGUGAAAGUAUUUCUUAUUUAUUGGAUGUGAGGUAAAUUUUGUGCGGUUAUUGCAGUUUGCUGUGGUUUGUCACCAUUGAAAUUUGGCAAGAGAAUUUAUACAAUGCAAAUUGUUGUUAAAUUAUUCCAAUAACUAUCAUAAAAUGGGGCCACCCAAACGUGGUGGAUACAUGAAAGGUGGAGCUUCAGGAAAAUAUGGCAAAAAGAAAAGAUUUGAGGAUGAACCAUAUUCGACAACUAAUAUUGUGGAACAAGAUGAUGAUCUACCUGAAACUGAUGGUGUUCCUGGUGCAGCCACAAAGGAUGCAGAAAAAAAUGAUGAAUCGGUUGUUACAGAUGAAUACGGAGCUAAGGAUUACAGAUCACAAAUGGAAUUAAAACCAGAUAGCUCCAGGCCUCUUUGGGUUGCCCCGAAUGGACAUAUAUUUUUGGAGUCAUUCUCGCCGGUUUAUAAGCAUGCCCAUGAUUUUCUCAUAGCAAUUUCAGAACCAGUUUGCAGGCCAGAACAUAUCCAUGAAUACAAAUUAACGGCGUACAGUCUUUAUGCUGCGGUUUCUGUCGGUUUACAAACUCACGAUAUUAUCGAAUAUUUAAAACGUCUCAGCAAAACUUCAAUACCACAAGGAAUAUUAGAAUUCAUACAACUGUGUACGUUGUCUUAUGGAAAAGUGAAAUUAGUUCUUAAACAUAAUAAGUAUUUUGUUGAAAGUGCUCAUCCUGAAGUGUUACAGAAGCUUUUGAAAGAUCCUGUGAUUCAACAGUGUAGAUUAAGGGCGACCGAAGCAGAGGGUGAAUUAGAUGACGAUGGUUUUAUAACACAAAAACAAAAUGUAAAAGGUGUUACUGCUUUUGGAUCGAAUAAAGUUGUUGGAAAUAAUGAUGCAGAGAAAGCAAAUGGAGAAGGUGAACCCGUACCUGACGACAUCGCAAACUUUUAUGAUAAAAUUGACAAAGAUGAUGACGAUGAAGAUGAAGCCAUGUUAAAAACUGUUUCAUUUGAGGUGAAGCAGAGUCAAAUUGAAGUCAUACAAAAACGCUGUAUAGAAUUGGAGCAUCCGCUGUUAGCAGAAUACGAUUUUAGAAAUGACUCUAUAAAUCCUGACAUCAAUAUUGAUCUAAAGCCAGCAGCUGUUUUGCGUCCUUAUCAAGAAAAAAGUUUAAGAAAGAUGUUUGGAAAUGGUAGAGCUCGAUCUGGUGUUAUUGUUUUACCUUGCGGUGCUGGUAAAUCUUUAGUAGGUGUUACUGCAUGUUGUACAGUAAGGAAACGAGCCCUUGUAUUAUGCAACAGUGGUGUGUCUGUUGAACAAUGGAAGCAACAGUUUAAAAUGUGGUCAACUGCCGAUGAUAGCAUGAUUUGUAGGUUCACGUCUGAAGCAAAAGAUAAGCCAAUGGGAUGCGGAAUUUUAGUCACAACUUAUUCUAUGAUAUCGCACUCGCAGAAAAGAUCUUGGGAGGCCGAGCAAACCAUGAAGUGGUUGCAAGAGCAAGAAUGGGGCAUCAUGGUCCUUGAUGAGGUACACACAAUUCCUGCUAAAAUGUUCAGAAGAGUCUUGACCAUAGUCCAGAGUCAUUGCAAAUUGGGUCUUACAGCAACAUUGCUUCGUGAGGACGACAAAAUUGCCGAUUUGAAUUUUCUUAUCGGUCCUAAACUGUACGAGGCGAAUUGGUUGGAAUUGCAAAAACGUGGAUUCAUUGCUCGAGUACAAUGUGCUGAAGUUUGGUGUCCGAUGAGCCCAGAGUUUUAUCGAGAGUAUCUCAUGUGCAAAACAUCAAAAAAAUUGUUGCUUUAUGUAAUGAAUCCUCAGAAAUUCAGAUGUUGUCAAUUUUUAAUCAGGUAUCACGAACGAAGAGGUGAUAAAACGAUUGUCUUCAGUGACAAUGUUUUUGCCCUCAAACACUAUGCUAUAAAAAUGAAUAAACCUUAUAUUUAUGGUCCUACUUCACAAAAUGAAAGAAUACAAAUUCUACAGAAUUUUAAAUUCAAUCCAAAAGUGAACACUAUAUUUGUGAGCAAAGUUGCUGAUACUAGUUUUGAUUUGCCGGAUGCUAAUGUGCUGAUACAGAUUUCUUCACAUGGUGGUUCGAGGAGGCAGGAAGCUCAGAGAUUGGGUCGUAUCUUGCGUGCAAAGAAAGGUGCGAUUGCAGAAGAGUAUAAUGCAUUUUUCUACACACUCGUUUCGCAAGACACAAUGGAAAUGAAUUAUUCAAGAAAAAGACAAAGAUUUCUUGUCAACCAAGGUUACAGUUACAAGGUUAUAACGCACCUGGCUGGCAUGGAUCAAGAGCCUGAUAUGCUGUAUAAAACACGUGAAGAACAAGGACAAUUGUUACAGCAGGUAUUAGCUGCCUCCGAUAUUGAUUGUGAAGAUGAACGCGUUCCUGGUGAAGUCGGGGGCGCUCCGAAAACCGGAGGAUUCAGAAGAAUCGGCGGUUUGUCCAGCAUGUCUGGUGCUGAUGAUGCAGUCUACUAUGAAUAUAAUAAACGUCGUUCGGAGAACAUAAACAAACAUCCGCUUUUCAAGAAGUUUAGAGGAUGAUGUGAUGUAUAAUUUAAUUUUGAUACAAGUAUAACUUUAAUAAUUAAGUUGAAAAUGAUGAAGUAAGAAUUAUUUUGUUGCAAGAGUAGCGAUUUAAUAAUAAAAACUUAACGUGACUAUAUAUAU